CGCAGGGCAGGGCCGGCCGGACCUCCAGCUCCGGGAUAAAAGGCGGCGGUUGCCCCGGGAGCCGGGAGAGCACCGCGGGCGGCCAGGAGGCGGGACAGAAACCCAGAGGCAGCGCAGCGGCCGCAGCAGCCUCCUCCCGCCCCUCCAGCGACAUGAAUCCCCCGACGGCGGCACUGCCCCGGGCGCUCCUGCUCCUCCUCUUCUUGCACCUGUCGCCGCUGGGAGGUCGUUCUCACCCGCUGGGCCGCCCCAGUGCAGCCUCGGAACUGUCUGGGAUGCAGGAGCUGCUGGAUCGUCUGCGGGACAAAGUCUCCGAAUUGCAGGCGGAACAAAUGGCUCUGGAGCCCCUCCAUCAGAUCCAGGGCCCCGCAGAAGCCUGGGGGGCCCGGGAGGCAGCCCCAGAGCGUGUCCUGGCGCCCCGCGAAAACGCCCUCCAGUUCCUGCGGAGCCUGCGCAGCCCCAAGAUGAUGCCCAACUCAGGCUGCUUCGGGCGGAGGCUGGACCGGAUUGGCUCCCACAGCAGCCUGGGCUGCAAUGUGCUGAGGAGAUAUUAAGAGGGAAGAGGAAUUCCUGGCUGCAGACACCUGCUUCUGGUUCCACAAGGGGCUCUGUCCCCAAUCCUAGGACCCCCUUUGAAGUGACUCCUAUUUAUUUUUAUUUAUUUAUUUAUUUAUUUAUUUGAUUGUUUUAUAUAAGAUGGUUUCUUAACCUUGAGCACAAAAUUUCCAUGGUGAAAUAAAGUCAACAUUGUACGCUU